UGGCAAGGUCCUGCGAUAUGGAUUUAUAAUGACGAAGAGUUUACAAACGAUAGCUUUCAGUCUUUGCUAAACCUUGACAUUGGAAAUCUUAAUUAUGCUUUUCAUGUUACAGAUUUAUUGAGCAUUGUGAGUGGAAGGUACAUCGCAUUUUUAGAUCCACAUGCAAAAUUUCUUCCACCAUCAGGAUUUCCUCUUAAGAGACCAAGAGGUAUUCAAAUUGAUUUUAUUGAAAAGAAGUUUAAGAAAAGUUUUCCAGAACAAUGCGAUUCAUACGAAGAAAUACUCCAUUUCAUUGAGAAAUGCUUUCCUGAUAAAUACGCAACAGGAGAUUGUGAUAUGUCGAAAGAAUUUAGGGGAACCUUGUUCAGAAUUCCGCUCAGGACUUUUGAAUUGGCAAAAGUUAGUGAUAUAUCGAAUAAAGUUAUCAACACGAACAAAAUUCUGGAACUGUUCAAUAAUAUUCAGGAUAAUAAUGAGAUGCUAUUCCUAAGGAAUAUAGAAUCAUGUAGUUUAUAUCAUAUGAAAGACAAAGAUUCUCAAUUGAUAUGGCAAUCAAAGAUUAGCAGUAGUGAUAGUUGUCGCAAUGCUCGUCGAAAAAUGGUUGAUAGUAUUGAUAACGCGCAAGUCUAUCAGUUAGAUAUUGAACGAAUCAAUGAUAUGGGGAAUAAAGUUUCAGAAAUAUGGGCUAUAUGCGUAGGAGGGCACGACAGAAUCAAACCAGAAUUCAAAGAAUUUUCAGAGAAGAAACAA